GCUCCUGUGGGGAUUGUCCACAGUAUUGAGAGGAUGAAGCUGGAGAAGGAGCUGGUGGCUCAGCUCUGGAGGAUCUCCUGGAACGACAUUCAGAUGGGGAACCUGGAGAAAGUGCUGCGGAGCGGCAGCAGGAUCACACUGUCACUGAGAGGCUCUAACUACGGCUCCCUGAUGACUGGGGAUGGAAACAUGCAGGUUUUUGCAAAAACUGGAUAUUUUAAGGGAAACAUCGUGGCCAUUAAAUACACCGACAGGAAGCGCUUCGAGCUGAACAGGGAGGUCCUGUUCGAGCUCAAACACAUGCGGGACGUUCAGAACGAACAUCUGACGAGGUUCAUCGGAGCGUGCAUCGACCCCCCCAACACCUGCAUCCUCUCAGAGUACUGCCCCAGAGUGUGUGUGUGUGUGUCUGGAGAGGAGAAGAGAGAUCGACGUGAAGGGCAAAGGGAAGAUGACCACCUAUUGGCUCCUGGGCGAGAGCGACAGCCAAUGAAAAGACAGCUUCCAGGGGACAGAGAGGAGGGGACAGUGGGACUCCAACAAACUAGAGAGUAG